GCGAUGUUUUUCUUUUUUUUGUUCGUCUUGAUUACUUUAGAUGUUCAAACUAAUCAUAAUUGAUUUUAGAUAAUUUAUUAUUUAAUCUUGAAUCAGUAUAAUUUUAAGACUAAUAAUAAAACUAAUUACAUUGGACGAUUAAUUCUUUAUAUCUCUGAAUGAAAAUAAAUGUGGGUAAACAUUAAGAAUGUAUUUACGUAUAAAAAAAAGACAAUUUUAAAGAUCAAAAACAAAGCUUCGUAACUUAUCGACCGAUCUUGCGUUCGAAUAUGUAUAUAACUGAUCUACGACAAGAUCAAGUCAUUGUACGAAUAAUAGCGAGCUUGAAAAAAAGUAUGCGAGAAGAAUUUGUGAAAGAAAGAUAAGUUCGAUUAAAAAAACUAACAAAGAAAAGAAGCAAACUUAUCUAAUACUUAGGAUUAUUUACCUCGUUCCAUUGGAGAAGAAGGAAUGCAAGAUCGUUACGAAGAGAUGUUUCCAGAUUAAUAGUUCUCACCGAUUAAAAAUUGUCCUUGUUCGCACCACCAAAAGGAAAUGAGGAAAAAAAUCACCGCACGGAAAAGAUACACAUUAGAAAACAAACAAACAAACAAACAAACGAACAAACGAACAAACGAACAAAUGAACAAACAAAUAAAAGAAACAUUGAAAGGAUUUGUAACGACAAGAGAACAAAAUUACGAUGAGGGGUGAAAGAGGAUGAUGAAGAAGAACUAGAAGAAGAAGAAGAAGAAGAAGAAGAAGAAGAAGAAGAAGAAGUUGAACAUCGUGUGUUCGUGCUAAAAAGUUGACGAAUAAGGGGAGUUAAAAAAAUUGUUGCUGAAAAGGAAAGAAAAAGGAAGCGACGAUUAGAAAGAAAGGUCGGGGACGAGCGAUAGGUGUAAAAACGCGUGGCGGAUCGGUCGACGCGAGGACGAUAAGAAAGAGAGAAAAGAGAAGAAGAAGAGAGGAAAGAGGGAUGAGGAAGGGAGAAAGAGAAAGAGAAAGAAAGAACGAAAGAAAGAACGUGUAUGUGUAUAUGUAUGUGUGUGUGUGUGUGUGAGAGAGAGAGAAAGAGAGAGAGAGAGAGAGAGAGAGAGAAAGAGAGAGAGAGAGAAGAGAGAGAGAGAGAGAGAGAGAAAGAAAGAAAGAGGAAGAGAGAGAUGAGAGCAGAAACGAACGCGAGAACGUGGCCGGCGUCGUGGCCGCGGCCGUCCCGACGCUCGACCCGACGCCGGACCCGUCGACGGCGGCGCUUAUCGGCCAAGAGAGAGGAGAGAGAUUGCGCAAGCGGCCUUCGUGCGACUUCGAAGAAGUUCGAAGAUACGGCGCUUGCGCUGGAAAGAGAAAGAGAAAGGAGAAGAUAAAGAGAGAGAAAGAGAGAGAAACAGAGAGAAAGAGAGAGAGAGAGAGAGAGAAAGAGAGAGAGAGAGAGAAGUCCGUCGCGGCCACGAUUCAUCGCAUCUCGAAACUCCGUGAUACGGCCACGCCACCGGUAGAAGAGUCGAGAGAGUCCGAUUGGUUGGUUAAUACCAACGGUGGGAUCAGGAAGGUACCCAUUGGUUCGAAUAGAAUGUUCGGGCGCGGCGCCAUGUUGCAUAGAGUGGGGUGUAUUUGAACAAGACUCGGCGACUCAAGAGUAGCGGAGAACACUCGCUAACCGGCCUCCAUCCACACGGCACACAGAGGUAGAAUAGUGUAGAGGUGAGGUGGCUUCAAACAGGCCCCGUUCAAACAACCGAGCGCGCUUCUACGCGACAAACGGUGCUGGUGUCGCCGCCACCAUCGUUGUCAUCGUCGACGUCGUCGACGUCGUCGCCGUCGUGUCGUUGUUGUUGUUGUUGUUGUUGUUGUCGUCGUCGUCGUCGUCAUCGUCGUUGUCGGCGACAUUCGCGAAAGUGCCGUGGCCUCUUCUCUAACUACGAUCAUCGUGUCAUUUGUUGGAACAACAAUUAUACUACCCCAACAUAUCACCGAGGAGGACAGGGCAGCGUGCGCGCGUGAACACAACUUACGUGUCAUCGAGUGUCGUCCUUCGUGCCGGCCCGACGGACGUCGUGCAUGCAUUGUUUCGCUUAAGGAGAACACAGUGCACGUAUAGGGAAUAAAUAUUGGUCGUGAAGAUCUGUCAUUAGUUUUUGGAAUUUCUCACUGAUACUACGGUGAACUGUAUAAUAGGAGGCGUGUGAGGACACGAGGAUAGGAUCCUAGUGUUGAUAAGCAAAUUUUGUGAAUUGUUGAGUGUAAUAUUAAGGAAUAAGGACAAAGAGAAAAAGAUAGGGAUAACGACGGAGAUAGAGAUAUAGAAAGAGAUUCAAUCGAAAAGAACAGAGUGAAGGUGUCGCGUGAUCGAGAUACUUCAAGGAAGAACCCUUAUCGUUACCGUGAUUCAGUGAGACGUGAGGAUUAAAGUGAAGGAAGUACGGGCGGAUAUAAGAUUAAGGGGUCACCGGAUUAUCAGCAGUCGUGGUACCGUGGCUUUCAUGAUUCCCGCUUGACGUCUCGACAGCAGCCCACCCCGGCACCGGUGAGCUCUAUGACCAUGCUCCAGUCGCAAAAGCUGUACAGCGAGGCUGGUAGUCUCGGUGGUGCCAUGACCAGCGCCGCGAUGUCCAGUAUGGGCAGCAUGGCACCCACGUACAGCUCGAUAAAUUCGAUGGGUUGCGUGUCUAUGGGGAUGUCGAUGGGCGUUGGAGUCGGCCCGAGUUGCAGUCCUCAGGGAGCCGGUGGAUUCAAUAUGAGCACGAUGAGCUCGGCAAUGGGGAUGGCUUCGAUGGGUGGUGGUGGCAUGGGUGGUUAUGGAGGUACAUCGAUGGGCGGUGGUGGCGCUUGCAUGAGCGCCGUGGGUUAUGGUCCGUUAACGCCAGGCGGUGGUACCGCUGUAACCAGAGAUCCUUUGUCAUUAACCGAACCAGACUCUCCGAAUUCUGCCCUUCAACGUGCACGUACCGACAAAUCUUAUCGGCGAAGUUACACGCACGCAAAACCGCCUUACUCCUAUAUUAGUUUGAUUACGAUGGCGAUACAAAACGCGCCAACCAAAAUGCUCACACUUUCGGAGAUUUAUCAAUUCAUUAUGGAUCUAUUCCCAUUUUAUCGGCAGAAUCAGCAACGAUGGCAAAAUUCGAUAAGACAUUCUCUUAGUUUCAAUGAUUGCUUCGUUAAAGUACCGCGAACACCUGAUAAGCCGGGUAAAGGUUCCUUUUGGACACUGCACCCGGAGAGCGGUAAUAUGUUCGAAAAUGGUUGUUAUUUGCGUCGUCAAAAGAGGUUCAAAGACGAAAAGAAAGAAUUGACGAGGCAGAAUAACAAACAUCAACAGCACCAACAGCAUCAUUCGGGUGCUGCGGCCGCGGCUGCUGCCGCCGCUGCUGCUGCAGCAGCCGCCGCCGCUGGUCAUAAUAGUCCGAAUUCUCAUGAUCUCGGUCAUGGCGGUAAGAAGACACCUUCGUCCCUUCAUCAUGCUCCUCAGCAACAAGACGACAAAGACCUUCACUCUUUGGUCUCGACUCAUCAUCAUCAUCACUCGGCUGGGCUUCAUCAGCAUCAUGCUGCUCUUAAAAGUGACACCACUGAUAUCGGUGGAUUGUUAGGACCAGAUCUCGGUACGGCACAUGACGAACUAACUGCCAUGGUCAGUCGUACACUUCAUCCUCACUUGCUAUCCGAUCCGGCGGCUCUUCAUCACGGUAUGGCAGGGAGCCUAAAACAAGAGCCACCUUAUACGGCUGCCAGUCAUCCAUUUAGCAUUACCAGGUUAUUACCUGGCGCAACGGCAGGUACGUCGCCAGGAGCCCAAGAUACGAAGCCACCGGAGAUGAAGAUGUAUGAACAGCUUCAUCAGAGCUACGCGAAUUUCGGCUCGCCUCAUCACCCCCACGCACAUUCCGCCCCACCAAGUCAUCAUCAUCAUAACGGAAUGCACGCUGGCUCGAAUACCGCUGGAGGACCCAUGCAUAAUAUGAGUAAUCAUCAUCAUCAAGAAUAUUACCAGAGUCCUUUGUACCAUCACGCGACAAGCGUGGCUACCAGCAGUGCGCCUCCUCCUCCGUCGGUCGCCACAGCGGCUCCAGGAUUGUGACAUCACGCUACUCACCCCUACGCCUUGGCUUGAGUCGCUGCCGUUGCGGUCUAUGCCGCUUCCGCUGCUUCCGUUGCCGGUGUUACCGUCGCAAAUUCGAAUCAUCAUUCUCCGACGACGAUCGACGACGUUCUUCCUUCACCGCAGCCGCCGCCGCCGCAACCACCACCACCAUCACCGCCGCCACCACAGUCAUCAUCACCGCCACCACCGCCGCCGCCACCGCCUCUACCACCACCACCUCAAUCGUCCGCGUCUUCCUCUUCGUCCUCCUCUUCUUCUUCGGUUUCUCUCGUUCAACAUCAACAUCAUCAUAAUCAACAACAUCAACAACAUUAUCAACAACAACAAGAACAUCAGCAACGCCGUCGACGUCGUUCCGACGAAACCUCUUCUUGGCAGGUUGUCGAUGACGACGAGUACGACGAAUACGAUGAAGACGAAGAGGACGACGAGGAGGAAAGUAUUGCGUGAAAAGGAGACUCCGAUUCCAUCCAAGGUACGGUCAACCGGUAUUCGCCUUUUCAACUGGCACGAACGAAGAUCCCCGGACGUACAUAUGAACUCUGCUCGAUUCAAUAAUCUCGAAAACCUUUUCUAUCGAAAAUCAGUUCUUUUUUUUUUUUGUUUUUGAGUAUUUUUGUCUUUCGUUUUCUUUUCUUUUUUUUUUUUCACAUUCGACGAUGGUUAAUGAACUUAAAAAGCACAUCGCUGAAAUGUGUCACGUCGAUCACGUAGAGUCUCUUCCCUCUACCCACUUCUUUUAUUUCCUCUUCUUCCUUCAGUAUAAUUUUUCUCAUCCUUGAAAAAAAGUGGACAAACCGUGUACUUUGAAAUUGUCUCGAGAGUUUCCUUCCCGUUUUACUUGUUUUCUCACCGAAAACAGAAAGAUGACUCGAAGCCGUCCUCGUUCGAGUCGCGACGCGUGGGGUGCGUGGUUGUUGUUGUUGUUGUUGUUCUUGUUGUUGGUGGUGGUAGUGGUGGUGAUGGUGGUGGUAGUGGUAGUAGUGGUAGUGGUAGUGGUGCUGCUGCUGCUGCUGCUGCUGCUGCUGCUGCUGCUGCUAUUGCUGCUGCUGCUGUUCUUGUGGAAUUUUAAAGGCAUAAUUAAUUAACAUGGGUGCGUACGUCUAAUCGAUAAAUGUAUACAUUGCAAAUUGCAAUUAAAUGACGAAAAAGAAAAAUAAAAAAUAAAUAAAACGAUGCGAAAGUGUCUCUCCGAUAUGCGACCGAUUAGCUUCGAACAUCGAUAUUCGAUAGAUUAUCUAUACAUAUAUCUCUGUAUUAGCCGCGCGUAAACGUGAAAACGUUAUUUAUGUUUUCACUCUUUGGAUAUUAUUGCGAGGACAAUAUUUUCGAUUCUAUAUUUACACGCGAGACGACGGCGAAAUAUGCUUUGACGCGAGCCUAAUAAUGAAUUUUAGCGGUUAGUCGAACGAUGAGAAGAAUAAUGAUAAUUUAAAACGAAAGAAAACAAAAUGAAAGAAAAAAAAUAAUAAAAAAAGGGGGAAAAAAGUAGAAGAAGGAACAAAAGAAAAAAAUGAAAAAGAAAUGAGAAAGAAGACGAAGACGAAGACGAAAAAGAAGAUAAAGGAAAAGUAAAAGGAGGAAAACGUUGUUGCCACUGCGAUUACAUUUAACCGAUAUGCAGACGAUGCUUUAUAGUUUUUGCGAUAGUUUUAUUUCGCGCACAAUCGUUCCUCGAGCCUCCGUCCACGAUCCUGUACUUACUUACGUAGCAUGGAGUGGUAUACAACGAUUCUCUGAUAGGCGCUAGAAUUAAAUAGAAAAACUAAAAAAGACAAAAAAAAAAACAAACAAACAAACAAACAAACAAAAAAAAAAGAAAAGUGAAAAAAAAUAAAAAAAAAAAAAUGAAGCGUAGUAUCGUAGUGUGCUUUACUUUACAAACGAUCGAAUUAAUAAUCGAUCGCGAUUCGUCUUCUUCGACUCAUUUGUUAGAUUCCUGCUUCCUUUUUAAAAAAAAUCGGAUUAAAUCAUUGACAUAGUUUAUUUUCUAUCUUUCUAUUUGCAAUUCGUUUAUCUCGAUUUUCAAAUCACCAUUUGUCGAUUUGUCAAUGUAUGCAAGAAUGCGUAGGGAUGCGCCAGGUUGAGCGUACGACGACACUUAAACAAUUUAUUGUUAGUAACAAAUCUUUUCGUUGAUGUAACAUUCGAACGAGAUGCGAUGUUCGAGAGUAUCGAUUUACGAUUGCUAUUUUAUUAUCAAGCGACAGCAGCAGGUCUUUCGAAAUUAUUUUGGAAUUAGUCAUUUUAUAUACGCAUGCAUGUGUGUAUAUACAAUAAAUACAUACAUACAUACGUAUGUACGUACGUAGAUACAUACAUAUGUUAUUAUCAUUUGUUGUGUAGAAAAACACUCUCGCUUGUUUUCGGUCGUUGAUCUCGAUUUCGCGCGCGUCAUACUUAUCGCCAUCGGUCUCUACUACUAUUGCUACUACAUUGCUACUACUACUACUACUACUAUUACUAUUACUACUAUUACUACUACUACUACUACUACUACUACUUCUUCUACUACUUCUAUUUCUAUUUCUACUACUACCGCAAUAUUUUCAACGUAUCGUGGAUGAUCGUACGGUAUACGUUAAAUCAAUGGUUAUUGCUAUCGCUAUGAGCGAUCAUUAAAUAGAAAUCAAUGGCGAUAAGAAGAAAAAGAAGAAGAAUAGUUUCGCUCGGGUUCAUUCGCACGAGAGAAUGGAUGCAUCUUCGAAACGAGUCGACGUACACAUAAAUGGCUGUCGUAGAUAUCUAUCGAAGGGGCAUUAUCGUUGUAAAGAAAAUAAUAGAAAAUGAAUUGAAAUGAAACGAAAUGAAUUGAAUUGUGAAUUGUGAAUUGAAUUGAAUUGAAUUGAAUUGAAAUGGAAUGAAACGAAAUGAAAUGAAAUGAAAUGUAAUGAAAUGAAAUGAAAUGAAAUGAAAUGAAAUGAAAUGAAAUGAAAUGAAAAGAAAUUCAAAGAAAAUAGAAGGAAUGAAAAAUGAACGCGAGACGAUUUUAACGCGAGCAAUGUAACACACCUACAUAUGUAUGUAUAACAUUUCGGUGAGUUUAUCGAUCAUUACAUAAUCGUUCGGCCGUCGUUCAGAAGCCGUUAUCUUUUUAAGCGUGCUGGUAGACGUUAUUAAACGUACACGUUGGUACAACGAGAUCGUGAAUAUACGGUGUGUAUCGUCCAUACCAAAUAUAUAUUAUAAAUCAAAAUCGGUCGGAGACACGAAGCAACGGUAAAAUUAAUUGAUAGAAAUAAAUAAAGAAAAAAAAAAAAAAAACUAAACGAAACGAAACGAAACGAAGUUAAAAGAAAAGAAAAGAAAAGAAAAGGAGAAGCGUAUAAUUAUGAUAGAAUAGAUCGGUGAGAAUAGUUCGGGCUGCGGUGCUGUUAAAUAAUGACGAAGAAAAGUUAGAAGGGUGGGGGGGGUGAAGGUUGGCGGUGAUGCCGGCACAGAGAGCGACAAAAAUGUGAUAAUCCGCGAAAAUAAAUAUAAAUUAGCGAACGUAUACUCGCGAUGGACGUAUGUAUGUAAGUGCGUCCGCUUGUGCGUGCGUCAUCACUCUAGCGCACGUGUCCCAAAAAUUUUGAGAAAAAAAAAAAAAAAAAAAGAAAGAAAAGGGAAUAAUGAAUAAACGAAUGAAUAAAGAAAAAAAAAAAAAAAGUAAAGUGAAAAUAAAAAUAAAAAUAAAACGAAAAGAAAAUGUUAACCAAGAAAAUAUAUAAUGAUAAUAUAAAACGUUCUUCGAAUGUGACGGACGAUGAAAAUGACAAUGUUUUCGCCCUUGAACGUUUCAAGAAUUCUCUUGUGAAAGCGUCGCGCAGGAUACGUUCAGUGUUUUUUUGUAUGAUACAUGUAGAUAGCCGACAACGUGUAACGCGUAUAAUGUACAAUAUUAUAUGUUACAGAGAGGUAUAUAUAAUUAAAUGAAUAAAUAUAUAAAUAUAUAUAUAUAUAUAUAUAUAUAGAUAUAAAAAAAAUAAAUGGAAUCUUUAAUGAUACACAUUAUGUUAGGUGUAUACAUAUUAUAUAUAAAAAUGAGAGAGAGAGAGAAAGAAUGAGAGAGAGAGAGAGAAAGAGAAUGAGAGAGUGAGAGAGUGAAAGAACGAAUGAAAGAGUGAGAAAGAGAACGGUGUUUGCAAUGCACUGUAAUCGCGUAUUUCAAAAGUAGAUACAUACUGAAUUUCAUUCACUGCGCUCGCGAUGUUUUCUUUCUUAUCUUUGCUUACAUUCGCACAGAUCUGUUUAAAGAAAAUUCGUAACGAUCCUUCUUUUCGAUCGUCGGAAAUAAUGAAAGGACACUUUUGAAAUACGCGCUUGGCACAUAUAAAAAUCUGUACAUAAUAAUGACUGGCGCAUCGCAAGAGAUCACAUACAUCCUUAUUAUUACUAUUAUUAUUAUUAUUAUUAUUAUUAUUAUUAUUACUAUUAUCAUUACUAUUAUUAUUGUAAUUAUUAUUAUUAUUAUUAUUAUCAUUAUUAUUAUUAUUAUUAUUAUUAUUCUUAUUCUUAUGAUUGCCACAAUAAUUACUACUAUUAGUAUUAUUAUAAGUAUCAUUGCAAUUAUAUAAUUUGAUUCUUUUCGUUUGAUAUAAUUUCGCGUCCUAAUGUUUCGCAUAAUUAUCAUUAUCAUAAUCAUAAUCAUUAUCAUCAUUAUUAUUAUCAUCAUCAUCGUCAUCAUUAUCAUCAUCAUCAUCAUCAUCAUCAUCAUCAUCGUCAUUAUCAUCAUGUGUCGUCGUUAUUAAAUCCGAGAGAAUUCGGCCGACGGAAGAAUCAAGGACGAAUCUUGUCGACAGAUCUCGAGUGGAGGCAUACGAAAUUGAAAAUCUCGAAAGAACGAUGAAAUCUCAUACACUCUACUACUAUGCUUUUUCAUUCUUGCUUGCCUCCGCCUUCUUAUCAUCGCUUUUAAACGACGUUUCUUCCAUCGGCCGUAAUUCGUGCUACUCGAUAGAUUCUUUCAUCUUUUUUUUCAUCCCUUUCUUUUUCUCCCUUCUUUUUUUUUUUCUUUUUUCUCCUUUUGUCGUUUCCUCUCGUCUCUUUCGUCGUCGUUUCUUUUUUCUUUUUCUUUUUUUCCUUUUUCUUUUCUUUUUUUUUUUUUUUUUUUUUUUUGUUAGUUUUUAUCUCCUUCCUUUUCAUUUCUUUUAAGUACAUCCACCAGUAUUGGCAUUACCGUUUUCACACAUACGGCGAAUUCACCCGUACGUCACGCAAUCUUCGAACUGUCGUUAGUCCGACAACGUGCGAUAUAAAAGUGUCAUUGAUAAAUAACGGCGAAAGUGAGAAAAAGAAAAAAAGAAAGGACGAAAGAAAGAAAGAGGGGUGGAGAGGAGAAAGAAAAAGAAAAGAAAAGAAAAAAAGAAACGAGAGAAAAAAAGGAAUUAGAAAAAAAGAUGAAAAAAAAAAAAGGAUAAAAGAAAAAGAAAGGAAAAAAGUAAUAUUAUCGCGGUUAAAACGGAACGACGAGAAUCGAGGAUGUAAGUGUUUCAAUAAAGCAACGUAUUUCUAUGAAA